CAAGGGUCAAGGACGCGUGGUAAUUACCGGAGGCCCAUUGCCAUUCUAUCUGUUGCAUAUAAAUCAUGCUUGCGGUCCCGUGGGUGUGCUCUCGGUGUAUUGCACGGUCUGCUCGAGUUGCCCCGAAUCUCCGCCUCUUUUACCAACGACGGAAUCUUCAUAUCGAUUCCGAUAUUUCCCCGGCUCUUCUAUCGCGAGCUCGUUCCUUAGCGUCCGAACAUGCACAUCUAUCUGAGCAGCUCGCGACCUCAUUUGAUCCGAAAGUCGCAAAGCGAAUUGGCGAAUUAGGACCGGUUGCGAAGACCUUGACGGAAUGGAACAAUGCUAACAAGACCGUAUCAGAACUCAAGUCAUUGCUUGAGGAUCCGGAUACGGAGACAGAGCUGAGAUCUCUCGCGGUUGAAGAAUUGGAAAGCACACAAGCAAAUCUGUCGGCUGUGUCUGAUAAUUUAAAGCGGGCUCUCGUUCCCCGACACCCUUUUGCGGAUUUUCCAUGUUUGCUCGAGAUACGGCCUGGCGCCGGCGGAGACGAAGCUGGGAUCUUUGCGUUUGACUUGCUCAGGAUGUACAUUGCAUUUUGUUCUCGACGUGGGAUGCGAUCUACUGUAAUAAAGCAGGAAGUUGGGGAUGGCUCGGAAGAUCGCCUGAGCGAGGCAGUAUUGGAAAUCGAAGCCGACGGUGCCUAUGAUCUUCUAAGAACCGAGUCGGGAGUACACAGAGUUCAGAGGGUUCCCGCUACAGAAACUAAGGGACGUACGCAUACCAGUGCCGUUAGUGUGAUGAUUCUUCCAAGUUUCCCGGAAACAGGCGCCGAUAGUGCCCUCAAUUUCGACGAUCCGAACAGCGACUAUUAUAUCGAUCCCCAGGAAGUCCGGACAGAGAAGAUGCGAGCCAGUGGUGCCGGUGGCCAGCAUGUGAAUAAGACCGAAUCGGCCAUUCGUCUAACCCACAUACCAACGGGUAUUGUGGUUUCAAUGCAGGAUUCGCGGUCCCAACAUGCGAACCGCAAGAAAGCGUGGCAGGUUCUGCGCGCAAAGUUGGCAGAGGCUCGCCAACAAGCACGAGAACAGGAAGUGGUCGAACUCAGAAGGGGGGCCAUGGGUGGUGUUGCGCGGAUGGGCCGAGGUGAUAAAAUCCGGACAUACAAUUACGGCCAGAGUCGCUGCACAGAUCAUCGAAGUGGUAUAACUGUUCACAACCUGGAUGAUGUUAUCCAAGGUGGUGAGGGUUUGGAGACGGUAAUGGAUAGCGUGCGAUCCUGGCUUAUCGACCGUGAAAUACUGGCGAUAAGCGCCGAGGAAUCCGAGAAGAAUGUAUGAAUAAACAACAUCAAUUGAG